AAACUAAAAAAUACAAAACAGCUCGACAUCCCUUUACUAAGCCACAAAAAAAAUAUAUUAGACCUUUAUUAAGCGGGAAAAUUAAAUUAGAAAAAGUAAUCUGUGAAGCUUUUGACUUAGUCUGUAAUGGUGAGGAAAUAUUAAGUGGUGGUCUACGUAUCCACCAGCAUGAAUUACAAGCAAAAAUUUUAGAGAUAUUAGGUUACAACCAGCAAGAACAAGCCGAAAAUUUUGGUUACUUUUUGCAAGCUCUCGAAUUUGCUGCCCCGCCCCACGGCGGAUUUGGAAUGGGAAUUGACCGCUUAUUAGCCAUCAUAUUAAACACUAAUAAUUUAAAAGAACUAAUUGCCUUUCCGAAAAAUAUUGACGGAACUUGCUCCUUGACCCGAACACCUAACUUUUUAAAAAACCCUUUCAAAACUUAA